AUGGUGAACAUCACGGAUUCCACGUGUGACUUUGGCCUCGCGUAUACAGACGAGGGCUGCACUCGGACACUGGCGUCCUAUAACCCUAGUGCGUACCACACUGUGCAAGCCGUUUACCUGGCAUUAGGAGGGGUGAGCGUCAUUGCCAGUGUCAUCCUCUAUGUGCGCUCGGUGAAACACGAAGGGGCUUUGCUUCAGCAGUACAGCUUCCUCUUUUGCUGUUACGGUGCUGUAACCAUGGUGAUUCGUGGCGCUGAUCCACUGAGUUACGGGUAUGUGAUCCCGCGCCCGAUUAGCGCCUUCUUAGCCGACACGUGCACCGCUGCGCUCUAUUCUGUGUAUAUAAUGGCGCUGGGUUAUUGGGCUACGAUCAUUCAGCGCGGUGCAGCGGUUACGGACAAGCCUCCGCAUCUCGUGUGCUUAGAGAGUAUUGCUAUUGCUGUGGUGUGGACGUUUCAAGUCUUGUACGACAUGUGCCUCUUUUUGUCGAAAGGGUUUAACCCGCAAGGUCUGGUCUACAUGCAGCUCACUGUGAGCGCGUGUAUGCUCGGUAUCAUCAGCACGGUCUUCCUCAUCUACGGUCUGCGCGUAUUGAGUCGUCUGCAGCAGUACGAGCGACAGCUGAAGUUGCGCAUACCAAGUGUGCGUUCUAACCGGAUGAUGUCGAACCGAUCGUUUGACAUGAACAUGAGCGACGACGAAGGCGAUACUCCUGUGAUGCGGGAUCGCAAAGCACACCCUCGUCCACAAGAGGGCCAUGCUGCCAAGAUUAAGAAGAUUCUGUUUGUAGUCGAGACAUGCUCGAUUGUUGUCGUGGCUGCGCAAAUGUACAUGGCUAUUGCCCGGACGAACGACAAUCCGGUCGAAUUAUCCUGUGCGAAUGGUAAACAUUGCGAGCUCGUCGAGUGCUCCGUGAACGUACUGCACGUUUUCCAGAUCGUGUGUAUUUGGGUCAUUUUAUGGACUUUUCGCAAGAUCCAGAAAAAAGCGGUUGUUCCAAGACCCCACCGUGUCGCUUGA